CCCGGUGCAGUUCGGCAUAUACAGUCAAUAAAUUAGGAUCGUAUAUGCGCGCACGCUUCAUCAGUCCUCUAAAAAGAAGUCGAGCAUCUAUAGGCAGCCAACCGCUCACUUUUUAUCAGGAAAGGUUCUCCGCCUCACUGCUGUUUGUUGGUGUCCUCGGAAGAUCCUCGAUUUACUCUGAGCUGCAGGUCGUCUCGUCGUCCAUGGAGGAGGCCAAGAGGAGGCCGCGCGGCGUGCUGGACCUGGAGGCUCAGUUCGCCUUCUUCCGUUCGCAGCACCGGCACCCGGUCAACGCCGCCGCGCACGCGCUGCUCGCGGGCCCCAUCCUCUUCGGCAACCUGCUCAUCCUCUACUUCCUGCCCCUGCCCUCCCCGCUCGACCCGGCCCUCGCCCUCUCCCUCGCCUACGCCGCCUCCUACCUCGCCGUCGACCGCCGCGCCGGGGCCCUCGCCGCGCUCCUCCUCCUCGGCGCCUGGGCCGCCAGCCGCGCCCUCGCCGCCCGGCUCGGCUUCGCGCUCGCGUGGAAGGUCGUGCUGGCCACGGAGCUCUUCUGCUGGACCUGGCAGUUCCUCGGCCAUGGACUCUUCGAGAAAGGCCCAACGGUGAGUGAACUUCCGGCGGUGUUCCUGAUGGAGCCAUUCCUCAUCCUACUGCAGAUACUCAACAAGCUGUUUGGCUACGAGCCAUACCCUGGAUUCAGCAAGAACGUGGAUAAGAAGAUGGAGGCCGAUCUCAGGGAGAGCAGAGAGCUCGAGCAGAGGAAGAUCAACUAAUUGGAAAUGCUCAGGUUGAUUCAUAUAUAAGUAGCAAAGUGUGUGUGCCUACCAUUUGUGAUGUUUAUGCAUGCUGUCUUAGAUAUUUGUAGAAUAAAAUGAACAGCCGAACUUUCUGUACACGAUGAUAUUGCCUUAUUGAAGCUUCUUCUCCCAGUCGCCGGGAAGAAGAUGCGUCCUGGCUGCAGGUUUGCAGCUCCAAAUUUCA